CAACUCUGCUCACCUCGCCUCAGACUCUGAGAGAAGAGAGGGAGAAAGUGUGAGAGAGAAAGGAGAAAGAGUGGGAACUGGGGAGCGACAAAGCCAUACCUUGCCGACCUUGCUCCAUGUACAAAGCCCACAAGGCAACCAGGCGGUAGCGUUUACACCUCCACCUUGCAGAGUCUAGGACUGCAAGUGAGAGAAGAGAGAAGUAGGAGAGAGAAGCAGGGGCGGGGGGGGGAGUGAGGGAGAGAUUAUGGUGGUGUAGGGCUGAGUGGGAAGGGAAGCGAGAGGGAGCAAAUGGUGGGGGUAUGCGCCGGUGGCGACGGCAGCGAAGGGACGCUCGCGAGGUGGCGAAGGGCGGCCGCCAAGCGGAUCGGCCUCUCCUGCGCAUCCUUCUUCUCCUACGCCGCCUCUCCCUCCCCGCCUUCCAAGACUAUCUCAUGCUCAGCAGUGAAUGCGCCUGCAGAGGGCAGUGAUGGAGAACAACAAAAGCUGGAGGAGCCCACCAGCACCAGAAUGGCUGACAAGAAUCUAUGUGCAAUAUGUUUGGAGCUCCUCAGCAGCAGCAGCAGCAGUGACGUUGACAAUGGUGAGAGGCCAGCUAUCUUCACAGCGCAAUGCUCCCACUCUUUCCACUUCCUAUGCAUCGCCUCCAACAUUCGGCAUGGCAAUGUCACAUGCCCUAUCUGCCGUGCACAAUGGUCUGAGCUGCCACGUGACCUGAAGGUUCCGCCAUUGCUGCACAACCAGUCGGAUCCAAUCCUCCGCAUCCUUGAUGACAACAUUGCGACCUCCCGUGUUAACAGAAGAUCCUCCAUCCGUGCUGCCCGCUACAACGAUGAUGACCCCAUUGAGCCAUACACUUUGACUGAGCAUGUGGACCCAUGUCUUCGCUUCACCCUUAUUCCGGCUCCAGUGGCAGCUCACCAUUACCCCUGUGGACGCUUAUUGCCACUACAACAGCACUGCCAAUACAGCAGCUCCUCCAUGCUUUCACCACCACAGAUUGCUUCACCAAGCAGGCAAAGGCGUGCUUACCUAUCUGUCAGUCUUGCUCCGCAGCCAGCCAUGGACCUGGUUCUUGUUGCCAGCCCUAACGGGCCGCAUCUAAGGCUCUUGAAGCAAGCAAUGGCACUUGUUGUCUUCUCCAUGCGGGCAAUUGACCGGUUAGCCAUUGUCACGAAUGCCACCACCGCAACCCGUGCUUUCCCCCUGCGUCGGAUGACAUCCCAUGGGAAGAGAAUGGCAUUGCAGGUCAUUGAACACCUCUGCUGUGUUGGUGGAACUGAUCCAGUAGGGGCUUUACAUAAGGGCCUGAAGAUAUUGGAGGACCGGGCACAUCAGAACCCGAGCAACUGCAUCCUCCACUUAUCUGACCAUCCAGUGCGCAGCUGUGUUGGGGUGGACAUGAACCAUUCCACCCCGGUUCACCAGUUUCAUGUUGGGCUUGGUUUUGGAGUACAGAGUGGCUUUAUCAUGCAUGAGUUUGAGGAACUCCUGGCACGGUUGCUUGGCGGUGUCAUAGGCGACACCCAGCUGAGGAUAGGGGAGCAUGGGGGAAUGGUGAGGCUUGGAGAGCUGAGGGGUGGCGAGGAGAGAAGGAUCCCUCUCGGCAUUGUAGCAGAUUGUGGCUUCGUACUGGUUGGUUUCAGUUACUUGGAGGGUGGACGAGAGGACCAGUUGAGGACAGGUGAAAUCGCUGUGGGAUUUGAGGAAAAAGGCGACAGCCGGUACUGCGGGAUGAGAGAUAUCGGGCCGAGCAUCGGUGGCGAGAGGAGGAGCUGCUGUGCUGACAGGCGUGACUACCAUGACCCUUUCAUUGCGCGACGCUGGGCGAAGCAUUUCAAUGUGUACAGGGCCUGAGUAAGGAGGCCUGCCUGAUGAUGAUUGAUGAGCUGCAAAAUACGACUUGCUGGUUUCUUUUUUAAAAAUUCCUGCAAGCCAUUUUAUUGUGGUGUCUGUUUCUGUCUUUUGUUGUGGAUCCGAAUCCCUGUAAGAGUCUUGUUUCCAUCGAAAUGUGUGCAGAGGUUUUCUGUCAACCCCGUCAGUUUGUGUGAAUCAGAAUGUGAAACAGACCAUACUGGAAAAGAAAAAAUGGCAGUAUUGGAGUUUGAUAGUAAUGAAUGUUAGGAAGCCAUUUUAUUUGCAUCGUUGUA